UUACAAUCGAUGAUUGACAUGUAAUUUUGAUUUUUUUUCUCUCUCAGUGUUCCAAGAGUUUGUUCGGUGCAGCAAUAAGGACAUUGAACAGAUCAUCAAGAAUGAGAUGUCUGGAGACGUGAAACAGGCCAUGUAUGGCAUAGUUCGCAGUGUGAAGAACCAGCCUCAUUACAUUGCAGAGUGCCUGUACAAAGCCAUGAAGUGUAUUGGCACAGACGACAGGGCUCUGAUCCGCAUCAUGGUCUCACGCAGUGAAGUCGACCUUUUCAAUAUCCGCAAAGAGUUCAAGGAGACUCACGACUGUUCUCUCCAUGAAUUCAUCCAGGUAGAAACCAUGGUUGGUGAUACCACAGGGGACUACCGUAAGACCCUGCUGAUGCUGUGUGGAGGACAAGACUAGAACCAGAACCACCCAG